UACUUGGCCAAUUCUAGGCACCAAGAUUUAUUUUGCUGUUAUAUCAACAGUUACCUCACGCCCACUAAAGCUCCGGAACUCACUUGUAUAAAGAGAGUGUGGUAGCUCAAGACUGCGCACUAUAUAUUAAUAUACAUCCUUGUCAUUGCUAUGAUCUUUCUCCCUAUUUUCGAAAUGACAAGUCCUGCAGUGUCUUCGAAAUGCCAUCUUCUUGAGCUUCCGCAAGAGCUGCGAGACGAAAUAUACAACUAUUUGCUUGAAGCUGAAGGCCAAACUCUACACUGCUACGACGGAAUACCCAGACACAAUGAUUUCCCACGGGCCAAGAUCGGCCGAACAAAAGAAAGUCAUAUAGACCGUAAGAUUCAUUUGCCGAUUCGAUUUUGCCAAAAACCUUUGGCAAUAUGCCGCCAACUACGCACAGAGUUCUUAGACUUCCUGGAUGCCGCACACUCAAAAAGUGGUCCCAUAAUCAUCACAAUGGAUGCCCUUCGACCCAUCAGUACAGCAGUAGGAUGGUUGACACCCGUCAAGAAGCUACUGACUCCCGCUUUCAUGCGAUCACGACCUGCUAUAAGUGCGAGCUCUCAUAUUCACUUUCGUGUCUGGCCUGGUUGGAAUUGGUGGCAUGGGGACCAAAACUCGACCGUCGAAGACCAGCUCGUAGUAAUGCUCCCCUUCAUUACACAAGCAAAGAAAGUGACACUUGAGUUGUGCUUAGAGACCUGGGAUCUCGCCAAUAGAGACAUCGAGUUGACCGAUUUCUUCGAGCGAUUACAGCCUUUUCUAGGCUCAACUUUGCGUAGACAAAAAAGUGAGCCAUUUGGGCGGGUCACAUGGCUGAUAAACCUACGAACAUACGAUCAAGACGGUAUUGAGCCGUCAUACGAUAUGAUAGUGAAUUUGUAUGAGAGAGAGGAAGUAUAUAUCGCGGAGCGAAGCGAGAUCCAAGUUGUCGAAAAGAUUGGCAAGCUGGCUCCAGACGACUGGUUUGCUGCUACCUUUAAUGGUGAGAGUAAUGGGCCUCCUUUCGAAACGAAGAUAUGGCACAAAUCGAUCAGUCUGACUGCCUGA